GAUAAAGACAGACUGUUGUCAAGUUUGCAAACAGCAAAGACGAACAGCUAUUUCAAGUGCCAAUGCCGGCAUGAGUCUGUCUGUGACUGUUGUUUGCUUUGCGCUCGCCAUUGCUGUCACAUUUAAAGUUCCCAACUAUAAAUCUUGUUGUUGUUGUUUUUACUUGAAACAUGAAUUCGAUCUCUAGGUGUAAAUAAUUUAAAUAUACGUUAUGGCCUCAUUUUGUUGAAUAUUGAUAACCGUACGUGAGACGGGAUUUGUUACGUUAUAACCUAAGCUAAAGUGAUCAACCAAGGGUUUGGGUUUGGGACUUUGGGCUUACAAGGUUGAGUUUACACGAUUUUUUUGAAUAAACAAUAUAUCAAAUAAUGAGUCUUACCCAGAAUUAUAAGACGAAAGAGCAUGCUACCGAGUACAGUGAAAACAAAACUAGAUCAACGCCAGUCGCAAUGGUCGCACCGGAAUUGAAACACAGUGCGGACGUCGAUACAGAAAUAUCCAAAACUUGUGCAGUGCUUGGUUGUGAAGAUUCAAAAAAUUUGGAUCCUCAAUCUUUUUUCAGAUUUCCUGAAGAUGGAAACCUGAAGCAAAUAUGGACAGACCUCACUGGGCGUAACAACUGGACACCCACAGAUUACUCAUACAUAUGCAUUCAACAUUUUUCUGUUGACUGUUUUGAAUGUGAUUCAUCGAAUACAAUGGUACUUGUUGACAGUGCUGUACCUUCAUUGAAACUGCCAAAACAUGUUUUGGAGGUUGAAUAUAUAGAUGAAGACAGUUUGGACAAUGAAUACCAUGAUCAAGAAUAUAUGGAGACAGAUGAGUAUGAAGAAGAAGAAGAGGAAACUGUAGAUGAAGCUGCACAAUUAAAAACCAAUAUUCAAAACAUUACCCCCAAUGAAACCAAUAAUACUAUCAACCAAACCAAUAGUACCAUUGAAACAAAUGGUGAUAAUGAGAAAACAGAAAAGGCUAAACCAAAAGAGGUUGAUAAAGCAAAUCUCUUAAAACUGUUUACAGAGGUGCAGCAAAUGCAAAAGCAAGCAGUUAGCCUUAAAGACAAGUUGAAAAACAACAUGAAAUUACAUAAUCGUCAGAACAGAUAUCUUCAUAGAAUAGAGCGCCUAAUAGAAAGAAAAAGGAAAAUAUUGGAGCAGAAACAAAAGAAAAAGUCUAAAAUUUUACUAUCUUUACAAGAUAAAAUUAGCGAAGACAUGAAUGGACUAGUUUUGGCGAUGCCUGUCAGGCAAACUGAGGAUUUGAAAAAUUUUGCACUAAAUAUUUAUAAUUACUCUCCCCAAGCUUACAUUUACUUGAGAAACACAUUAAGAACAAUGUUGCCGAGCACAGAAGUAUUAGAAUCUUGGUUGAGUUCUGGUUUCCAGCCAAAGACCGUUCUGAGCAGCAGUAACGUUAUCAAAGUGACAGCUGAGCAAACUGAAAAAGAGUUAUCAUGUAAAAUUUCAAUAGGUUAAUAGUAAAAUGUAAUCAUCUCUACAUUGUUUUUUCCAAUAAAGAUGAUGA